CACACACUUGAAACAACAACCAUUUCUCACUUUCUCUCUCAUCCCCUCGGAAGUGACACAAAACUGACCGCAUGCAAAAGCAAAACCCCUUCUUCCCCUCCCUCAUAAAACCCUCUUGAAGUUAUUAUGCCUUCUGCUCUAACUCUCCAAUGGCGUCUCUCUCACAACAUUCUCCAUCUCUGAAAGCACUCGUCGCCUUUCGCAACCUCAUCCGCCCAGAGUUGAUUAGGACGGUGCAUCUAUACCGAUCGGAUUCUAAGGAGGGAGGGGGAGAAGUGGAGGUGGAGAGAGAAUUUGUGUUUCAUAAAGAGAGGGAUUAUGAAGAGAUUAGCUUCUGUAAAGUGUUCACUUUGCACAAGUUUGAAGUUUCUUCGUAUUUCGAAGGGCUUGUGAAUGGUGUGUGGCUCUGCAUCUUUGUUUUCGAUAAGGAUUGUUGGUAUUCGGGUGAUAUCGAUCGGCUCCCGACUGUUCUUACAGUUUCAAGGAACCGCAAGUUGGAAACGAUUCCAUCUUUGAGUAAUGACAUACAAACGAUUACUCAGUUGACCCGUGACAUUAAAAAGAUCGAAGAAUGUAACAGUGAAUCUGAGGAAGCUAGUAAACGGAAAGAAGACAAAAACAACCGGUAUAAGAGUCAUCACAUGUGUGACGUAGAUCUUAACUCUCUUCCUUACGGGUCAUCAGAAAAUGAAGAAAGUGAUCAAAGCGCCACAGAUGUUUCUUGGAAGAAAAAGAAGCGGGCAGCAACUAAAGACAUAGCUAGCCUUGGUUUAGAAGAUCUAGCGAAAUACUUCGAUGUUCCUAUAAUCGAAGCAUCAAAAAACUUAAAAGUUGGACUCACCGUUCUCAAGAAAAAAUGCCGAGAAUUUGGCAUUCCCCGUUGGCCACACAGGAAAAUCAAAUCACUAGACGGUCUCAUUUCCGAUCUCCAGGAAGAGGUAAAACGACAACAAGAGGAGGAUGAGGAGGCGGCACUGGCAGUGGCACAACGGCAAAAGAUGAUCGAAAGUGAAAAGGAAAGAAUAGAGAAGAAGCCAUUCAUGGAUAUCCAAAGAGAAACCAAGAAGUUCAGGCAAGACAUAUUUAAGAAAAGGCAUAGAGCUAGAGUUCUUGAAAAUCAAGGCCGAACCUUGCCAUUGUUUUAGUUCAUGUUCGUGUUUAAGGUUCAUGUUCAUGCAUCUAGACGAGACUUGUGAGAAUCCGAAUUUGCGUGUAUCUUUGGUUCCAAAAUCAGAUCACCCUCCGGAUGUAGUCUACAUUUUUCUGCGUAACUGCUAAAGUUUUGAUAUGAUCUUUGUGUA